AUGGAGAAACGUAAACCGGCUGGCCUGUUGACCUUGCCCUACCACCUGCGCCCGGUGCCCGUGGGCGUGCCAGGGUCCCUGCUCCGCCUCCCUCUGCGGGACCCCUUCAGGGUCUCCUGGAGUCUGGACGCUGUGCGCUGGGAGCGGACGCACGGCGGCUGCGCCCCUAGACGGGCCCACCUGCCCCUGCCGCUGGACGGCGCCUUCGAGCCCGCCUUUCUCCGCAAGCGCAACGAGCGCGAGCGGCAGCGGGUGCGCUGCGUGAACGAGGGGUACGCGCGCCUCCGAGAUCACCUGCCCCGCGAGCUGGCGGACAAGCGCCUCAGCAAAGUGGAGACGCUCCGCGCCGCCAUCUGCUACAUCAAGCACCUCCAGGAGCUGCUGGAGCGCCACGCGCGGGAACAGGAGGGCGCGGCCGACGCCGCCCCCCCGCGCAGGGCCGAAUGCAACAGCGACGGCGAGUCCAAGGCCUCGUCGGCCCCCUCGCCCAGCAGCGAGCCCGAGGAGGGGGCCAGCUAG